AUGCAAGGGCAAAACCAAGCAGCAGUGGAUGGCACUAUGGCCUACACCUUUCAGCACCCACCACAGGGGUUCUUACACGCACAAUACAGGGAUCCUCACAGCAGUGUAGGCCGUAAGCAAUAUGCCAAUAUUAUGCAUGACCGUCGUGUGUAUCGCGGGAAUACGUACGCCGCCGUGCCCAUGUCAACAUAUGCGCGAGACGAGGAAGAGCGAGUGGUUCGCGAGGCAAACAGACGUCGCAAGGAACUUCAGCAGCGGGCCACUUCUAUAAAGCGUCGUAAAGAACUUGACGCAGCCCAACGGAAACUUGCGACUCCGCCCCCCGUUGUUGGACGGCAGCACAUAGAAGUACAAACGGAGGAAUUCCUCGAGGAACUGAAGGAUGAGGUGGAAGUGGUUCAGCAGGAAACACAAACUGAUCCCCUUCUCGACCGCCCUGCGACACCACCGUAUGUUCCUGUAAAGUCUGGUCGUGAUGCGGAGUCGCAAAUUAAUGAAGGAGAUUUGUUUCACUUCGACGACGCCGUUGACCCGAUUCUCGAUGUUAUGGUUGGAAAGACACUUGAACAAGCGAUGUUGGAGGUAUUGCAGGAGGAAGAACUGGAACUUCUGCGGCAGCAGCAACUGGAGUUUGAGCAACGACGCAAGGAGGAGUUACUGGAGGCACAGCGACUUGAAGCUCGUGAGAAACGCCUCUUUGAGGAGAAGGAGCGGCGGAAAAAGCAGGAAAUCGAGCGCAUCAAGCGCGAGAAGGCUACACGUGAGAAGCUCCAGGCCCGUCAGUUUGCCAAGAUGUAUUUAAUGAACCUCGAAAACCGUGUCUUUGCAAGGCUUCAGGAUGAGGGCUGGUUUCGUGAUCGCGUAUUACACGAGGUGGAGUUUGACUUCUUCCCGUGGCUCAUGGAUCAGGUCGCGGUGGAACUUGAAAAGAAGCAGCGGGCGCGUGUGUUGGUAGACGAUCUCAUUCGCCAAGUAGUUGCCAUACAGUUGAAUAGCUGA